AUGACAAUGAGUGAUGCGUUGAGGGAUAUUCAGCCUUAUUGGUGUGCUAAACAGUGGGAGCCCGUACUCGUAACCGGCCGUGGCGUCAAAGAACACGGGUCUUAUGUCCAGAAUUUAAGGGACCACAAAUUGGGCUAUAAUGAAAUGAGUAUCUACUUUCGGGAUAACGAAGACCAGGUGCCCUGUUCCCCUGAAGCUGAAGAAUUAUCUGUAAUUGAGUUCUGUAAAGCGUUUUUUGUGCCGGUGGUGGUUGGAACUCUAUGGGGCUCUAAGGUCGAUAAGAGUGUUGAUACUGAAGAGGCUCUAGAUUCUGAAAAGACUCUGGAUGCAAAAGAUACCCCUGACGCAGACAGAUAUCUGACCCAGCUCACACCUCCCUUAGCGCAGAGGUAUCAAACGUUUCGUGUUGGAGUUUCACCUUUCCUACUUUGCCCUAAGACCCAACCCUCUUGCUCAAACCCUUCUAUAUCGGCCAAUACCCAACGCGAUCAUCCGUCAGUACACCAGGCCGUACAGAACUGA